AUGACUGAAGCAUCUAUACAAGGUCAUGGGAGUGCAAAAAGGUUGCUGGCUCACACUCCGUUCUCAUCGGUGUCUCACUGUCCCUCAAGAACACCACGUUUCACAAACGCUUCUGUCAGCAGAAGACUUGUUGCGAGUACACGAGCUAGCCGAAAACAACCAGAGGAGGAGGAGCAUGACUAUGCAGGUUUGCUAAAAAAGACAUGGAAAAUCUUCAGCCUUUCACCUCUGUACAAGUUUAAGCCUAGCAAAGUCUGUCUGACCAAGUAUGAGCGUUCACUGGAUGUUGCCUUCUCUCAGGUGAAAACUCAGGGAUGGAGUACAGAAACUUUUGGAAAUGAGAAGACCUUUUUCAGCCUUUACGAGGGACUUAAUUUUAACCACAAUGAUGCUCAAGCUGUUCAAAUUCAGGUUGUAGAGAAAAGUGAUUCAGGUGGACAGGGAAGCAUUGUCCUGAACGCAUUGUUGAUUUGUGUGGAUCUGGACGGUUCUCCUGUACCAGACCAUCUAUCCAACAGCUUCACCUACUACCCUGUGAUCUUGAUCUCUGGCAAUAAAGCUAGGACAGACGUGCUGCUGAAUUGGUUGGAGCAACACUUUGAUUGCCAAACCAGCCACGUUUGCUUCUCUAACAAUGACCUGCGGUGGAUGCUGGGAAUGUGGAGCAGUCAGGCUGUAGCCAUGAAAGCAUUCCCAGUAUUAUUACAGUACUCCCUAGCAGACUUGUGUGAUGGCAUCAGUACCAUUGAUUGCAAAUUUGAGGCUGCCUUCUGCUCAGAGCUUUGGGAAAGACUUAAUGGUUCAGCCUUUUCACGGGAGGCAGUGAAUGAAGCAGAAGUGAACAAGUUUGUCACAGCGCUAGAGGAGCACCUGGAGUAUACAAUGCAUAUAAUGUUUAGUAAACUGUGUUUGUCAGAAGUCGGAACCUCUGUGGCUUAUGUUUCCAGCCAAGGAAAGCUGAAGCUGUUUUCUAACUCAGGCGUGUUUCCAGCCCUGCACCUCAUUUGUGAAAUUGUCAAGGACAGAUUCCAGGACAUCCAUUAUACCCUCACCUAG